AUGCGCCAGUCGCGCAACGCUCUUUUUGCACUCGCAUCCUCUGCGACCGCGGCCUCCCUCGCCGACGUCUGCACCGUCUCCCACGUCAAGUCCAUCCUCCCUAGCGAUGGAACUCUCCUUGGAAUCGAUCUGAUCCCCUCCGCCGUGACGGCCAGUGUCUACAACGCCAACUCCUCCUCCUCCUCCUCCAGCUCCAGCUCCAGCUCCGGCGGCAUGGGCAUGGGAGGCGGCGGCGCGACAGAGUACAACUACUGCAACGUGACGGUCUCGUACGCACACACCGGCCGCGACGACAAGGUCGUCCUGAAGGUCGCCUUCCCCAGCCCCUCCGAGUUCAAGAACCGGUUCUACGUCGGCGGUGGCGGCGGAUACUCGCUCAAUGCCGAUGCCACCGGUGGCCUCGAGUACGGUGCCGUUUCGGCCGCCACAGAUGCCGGAUAUGAUGCGUUCAAUAAUGACUACGACGAGGUCGUCCUGUACGGCAACGGUAGUGUCAACUGGGAUGCGACGCACAUGUUCGGGUACCAGGCUCUGGGCGAGAUGACUCUCGUUGGUAAGGAGCUGGCGCGUGGGUUCUACGGUCUUAACUCGGACGAGAAGCUGUAUACCUACUACGAGGGAUGUUCGGACGGCGGCCGCGAGGGGAUGAGCCAGGUCCAGCGCUGGGGCGAGCAGUAUGAUGGUGCUAUCACCGGUGCGCCUGCGUUCCGCUACGCCCAGCAGCAGGUCCUGCAUAUCUUCUCCUCUGUGGUCGAGCACACGCUUGACUACUAUCCUCCUCCCUGCGAGCUGGCCAAGAUCGUCAACGCGACCAUCUCCGCCUGCGACGGUCUCGACGGCCGCAAGGACGGCGUCGUCUCCAGAACCGACCUCUGCAAGCUGAACUUCGACCUCUCCUCCAUCGUCGGCGAACCGUACUACUGCGCCGCGAAGAACUCGACCUCGCUCGGCUUCGGCUUCAGCAAGCGUGACGGCCUAUCUAAACGACAGGCAGCAGGCAGCACAACCUCCUACCAGCCCGUCCAGAACGGCACCGUCUCCGCCGAAGCCGUCGCCGUCGCCGCAGCCAUCUACGACGGCCUGCACAACUCAGACGGCGAACGCGCAUACCUCUCCUGGCAAAUCGCCUCGGAAUUCUCCGACGCAACCUCUCAAUACAACUCCGACACGGGUAAAUGGGAACUCAGCAUCACCAGCAUGGGCGGCGAGUACAUCACCAAGUUCGUCCAGCUGCUUGACCUCGAUAACCUCUCCUCCCUCGAGGGUGUCACCUACGACACCGUCGUCGCCUGGAUGGACACAGCCAUGGGCCGCUACUACGAUACCCUCCAAACGACAUUCCCCGAUCUAACCGCCUUCCAAGCUGCCGGCGGCAAACUCCUCCACUACCACGGCGAAUCGGACCCCUCCGUCCCCGCCGCCAGCUCAGUGCACUACUGGCAGUCCGUGAGGCAGAUCAUGUACCCUAAUGCUACAGACGCCGAGGCCCUAUCUGCUCUGAGCGACUGGUACCAGUUCUACCUUGUUCCCGGUGCGGCGCACUGCGGUACGAACAGCCUCCAGCCAGGCCCGUACCCCGAGUCGAACAUGGAUAUCCUGAUUGACUGGGUUGAGAACGGGAAGAAGCCGGCGCGUCUGAACGCGACUGUUUCUUCGGGUGAUUAUAAGGGGGAGACGCAGAUGCUUUGCCAGUGGCCGGAGAGGCCGUUGUGGAAGGAGGGGAGCGAUGACUUUGACUGUGUUAGUGAUGAGGAGUCGAUUGAGAGCUGGACGUAUAGUUUCCCGGCUUUCAAGGUUCCUGUUUAUUAG